AUGCUUUGGGAAUUCGUGACCCUACAGAGUAAAAAUCUAGAGAAAGAUGCUUUAGAUGCUUUCGAGAAAACUGUUCGAAUUAAUGAUGAAAGGCGCUAUGAAAUCAGGCUUCCUCGACUUGAAGGGUUCGAAGAUUUAGACAGUAAUCUAGAAACAGCAAAACAAAGAUGCAGGUCUACCACAAACAAAUUGCUUCGAGAAAACAAGUAUUUUGAGUACGACACAGUAUUCAAGGAAUGGUUAGAAGAAAUAAUCAUUGAGGCAGUACCUUUGAGGGAAAUAGAUAAACCAGCUCAUUAUUUACCCCACAGAGGCGUCUACAAAGAACAUUCGACUACGAAAGUUCGUCCUAUGUUCGAUGCCAGUUGUAAAACUAAACAAAUGCGGUCUAUGAAUGACUUUCUGCUAAAAGGUCCAAAUCUCUUGGAACAAAUCCCUCCUCUUUUGAUUAAAUUUCGUAAAGAUAAGGUAGACGUAACUUCGGAUAUCUAG